GUGCUGCCAGCAACUUGCAGCCAGGGAGGGUGCUACACGCAGCAGCAGCAGCAAUGCUCCGAGUCUUCAUUCUCCAUGCAGAGAGUGUGCAGACCCCAGACACCGACAUCAGUGACACCUACUGCUCGGUGGUUUUCCAGGGUGUUAAGAAGAGAACCAAAGUCAUCAAAAAUAAUUCCAACCCCAUCUGGAAUGAGGGCUUCGAGUGGGACCUUAAAGGCGUUCCUCUGGAUUCAAAUGCUGAGCUCCAUGCUGUCGUCAAGGACCAUGAGACGAUGGGGAGAAACCGUUUCCUGGGUGACACCAGAGUGCAGCUACGGGACUUAUUUAAUUCUAACAACCUGACCGCCACCUUUAAUCCUCCCCUGUUGGACAACAAGAAGCAGAGUACCGGGGCAACGCUGACCCUUCAGAUUUCGUACUUCCCUCCUGUGGGGGCCGCGCCACCCUUGACUCUCCCACAGCUUGCGCCGAAGGAGCCCACACCAUCCAUGGUGUCUUUCAGUACGGUGGACACUGUCACCGACAUAACAGGGGAAGAGGACACAGAAGAUCAAAUGGGCACUGGAGAUGAAGGGGAUACAGUGUCACUUCUGCCCGGAGCCGAGCAGCCGACUCUUCCCAAGAAACCCCAACAAUACCAAAUCCAGGGAGUCAAGAGGAAGAAGAGCGCCCCUCAGAGGGUGCUGUCCAACAAACCUCAGGACUUCCAGGUUCGGGUUCGAGUGAUCGAAGGACGCCAGAUUAUAGGUUUGAACAUCAAACCUGUCAUCAAGGUGACAGUUGCCGGGCAGACUAAGAGGACCCGGAUACGGAAAGGAAACAACCCAUAUUUUGAUGAGACAUUUUUUUAUAACUUCUUUGAAUCACCGGCUGAUCUCUUUGAUGAACCCAUUUUCCUUAAGGUGUUAGACUCCCGAUCCCUCAGGACUGACUCCAUCAUUGGAGAAUUUCGGAUGGAUGUUGGGAUGAUUUACGGAGAACCAAAACACGCUUUCCUGAAAAAAUGGCUGUUGCUGUCUGACCCAGAGGACUUCUCAGCUGGUGCGAAGGGCUAUCUGAAGGUCAGCCUGUUCGUGCUCGGCCCUGGGGAUGAAUGUCCGGUGGAGAAGAAGGAAACUAUAGAAGAGAAGGAAGAUAUUGAGGGGAACUUGUUGCGGCCAGCCGGGGUGUCCCUACGUGGAGCUCACCUUACUCUUCGGGUUUUCCGAGCGGAAGAUCUGCCCCAGAUGGAUGACGCUGUCCUGGAUAACAUCAAGCAGAUUUUUGGCGUGGACAGUAACAAGAAGAACCUGGUGGACCCAUAUGUAGAAGUGGGUUUUGCCGGAAAAUCAUUACGGAGCAAGAUAUUGGAAAAGAACGCCAACCCUCAGUGGAACCAGAGCAUUACGUUACCCAUACGGUUCCCGUCCAUGUGUGAGAAGAUGAAGAUUCGUCUUAUUGACUGGGACCGUAUGACCCAGGAUGAUAUCAUCAGCACCACUUACCUAAACAUGUCUAAGAUCUCGGCACCUGGAGGUGAAAUGGAAGUUGAUGACACUCUGGGUUUUCUACCCACCUUUGGACCCUGCUACAUCAACCUGUAUGGCAGCCCAAGAGAGUUUACUGGCUUCCCCGAUCCCUAUGUUGACCUCAAUAUGGGCAAGGGAGAAGGUGUAGCAUAUCGUGGCCGCGUCCUACUGGAACUGGAGAGCAAGCUGGUGGAGCAAACGGAGCAGAAGGUGGAGGACAUUCCUUCCGAUGAUCUUCUACGAGUUGAGAAGUAUCUGCGGAGACGGAAGUACUGCCUCUUUGCCGCUUUCUACUCGGCCACCAUGUUGCAGGAUGUGGACGAUGCCAUCCAGUUUGAGGUCAGCAUUGGGAACUACGGCAAUAAAUUUGACACCACCUGCUUGCCUCUGGCCUCCACCACUCAGUAUAGCCGAGCUGUCUUUGAUGGCUGUCAGUACUAUUAUCUGCCCUGGGGUAACGUAAAGCCUGUCGUUGUUUUGUCAUCGUACUGGGAGGACAUCAGUCACCGCACUGACUGCCAGAAUAUCAUCCACCAUACCAUCGACAACCUGGAGAGGAAUCUGGAACAAGUGAACUUGGCACUGAAGUCGAAGAGUUCCCCGUAUGACCUUAAUUAUUUAUUGACUCGUAUGAUUGAUGAAGUCAUCAGUGAUUGUGGUCAUCCUCUACCUGAUAUUCCAUCAAUGCCGGGAACCACGCACCUGGAUCUGUACCUUCACCGAUUCCGAAAGACCAAUGUGAGCCAGAUCAUCCAGUCGGCUUUGAAACUGAAACAUGAGGAGUGUGAGCUUACAAGCAUCUUGGAGCAAUCUGAGGAUUGGCUGCAGAGACUGAAAGCCAUGGCGGAGGAGCCGCAGAACAGCCUGCCAGAUAUCCUGAUCUGGAUGUUACAAGGAGACAAGCGCGUGGCUUACUACCGAAUGCCAGCCCACCAAGUCCUUUACUCCAGGAAGGGUGCCAAGUGCUGCGGCAAGAACUGCGGGAAACUCCAGACCAUCUUUCUCAAAUACCCACAGGAGGGUAAUAAAGGGGCCAAGAUGCCAGCGCAGGUCCGGGUUCAGCUGUGGUUUGGACUGGCGGUGGAUCAGAAGGAAUUUAACCAGUACAAUCAGGGCAAGCUCUCAGUCUUUGCCGAAACGUACGAAAACCAGAACAAACUGGCAUUGGUGGGCAACUGGGGGACCACAACCCUUACCUGCCCCAAGUUCACUGACGUGACUGGGAAGAUAAAACUACCAAAGGAUAGCUUCAAGGCCUCAAGCGGCUGGAACUGGGCCGGCGAUUGGUUCAUCAGCCCGGAAAAAACGUUGUUGUAUGACAUAGACGCUGGUCACAUAAGCUUUGUGGAGGAGGUGUUUGAGAAUCAGGCCCGGCUGCCCGGAGGACAGUGGAUGCAGAUGACCGAGGCCUACUCCGAUGUGAAUGGGGAAAAAGUUCUCCCGAAAGAUGAGAUUGAAUGCCCUCCAGGGUGGAACUGGGAGGAUGACGAAUGGUCUACAGAUAUUAAUCGGGCUGUGGAUGAACAAGGCUGGGAAUACGGCAUAGGUAUACCACCAGGCAGCAAACCUAAAUCCUGGGUGCCCACCGAGAAGAUGUAUAACACGAACCGCAGGAGGCGCUGGGUCAGACUACGCAGGAGAGAUCCUAAGCAGAUCGAGAUCCUAAAGAAGCACAAGCCCGAUGAGUCUCAGAAUGAAGGCUGGGAGUACGCCUCACUAUUCGGAUGGCACUUUCGCAUGAAUUAUCGCAAGACGGACACUUUCCGUAGGCGGAGGUGGCGACGUAGAAUGGAGCCCUUGCAAAACACUGGAGCCGCUGCUGUUUUUGCCCUGGAGGGGGCGCUGGGUGGUGUUACUGAUGACAAAAGUGAUGAUGGGAAGAAUACCUGUACGCUGAGUCUAGGAGUGAACAGACCUACAAUAUCCUGCAUUUUUGACUGUGGAUACCGCUUCCACUUGCGUUGUUAUCUCUAUCAAGCACGCAACUUGAUUCCAAUGGACAAAGACAGUUUUUCCGACCCGUAUGCCAAUGUGUCCUUCCUCCAUCAGAGCCAGAAGACAGUGGUGGCAAAAAACACUUUAAACCCAACCUGGGACCAGACACUCAUCUUCCAUGAGAUAGAAAUAUUUGGUAGCUCCGAGAUGAUAGCGGAAGUUCCUCCCAAUAUUGUGGUGGAGUUAUAUGACCAUGACACCUAUGGAGCAGAUGAAUUCAUGGGACGGUGUAUUUGCAAGCCAAGUCUACAGUGUUCACCAAAACUAUCCUGGUAUCCGAUAUCUGUGGGUGACAAGAAUACAGGUGAACUUCUGGCUGCCUUUGAACUCAUCCGUAGGGAAAAGCCCAGUGAGCACCACAUACCUGGUCUGGAGGGUGACGUCUCUGGUGUUCUCAGUGAGGCAGAUGACUCAGACCUGCCUUAUCCUCCGCCCCAGAGGAGCGCCAAUGUCUACAUGGUGCCGCAAGGUAUUAAACCCAUCCUGCAGAGAACCGCUAUUGAGGUGUUGGCAUGGGGUCUGCGCAACCUUAAGAGCUUCCAGCUGGCCAGCGUGACGUCACCCAGCCUGAUCAUAGAGUGUGGCGAUGAAAUGAUCCAGUCCUGCGUUAUUAAAAACGUCAAAAAGAAUCCCAACUUUGAUGUGUGUGUCCUAUUCCUGGAAGUGAGGCUUCCCCGUGAGGAUCUGUACUGCCCGCCCAUCAUUGUGAAGGUGAUCGACAACCGGCAGUUUGGUCGGAAGCCCGUGAUUGGACAGUGCACCAUCCACUCACUCGAGGAGUUCCAUUGUGACCCCAAUGAGGAAGAGGGCGACAUGGAGGAAGGAAUGGCCGAUGAUGUAAGUGUUAUCCAGCGGGAUGACAUUCUCAUCGAUAUUGAUGACAAGGAACCUCUAAUACCGAGUCAGCUUGCGGACGGUGUCUCCGCCAUAAUUAACAUAUCGUCCUCCCGGUCCAGCCUUCAUGAAGAAGAGUUUAUUGAUUGGUGGAGCAAGUUCUACGCAUCCAUCGGGCAGAAGGACAAGUGUGGGACUUAUCUGGAACGAGGAUUUGACACAUUACAGGUUCUGGACACAGAAUUAGAGAACAUUGAAGAUUAUGAGGCCCUAUCAGACUUCUGUCGCAGUUUCAAGCUGUUUAGGGGAAGAUCACAAGACGAAGCCGAGGACCCUUCUGUAGUCGGGGAAUUUAAGGGAUGCUUUAAGAUAUACAGUCUUCCUGAUGAUCCAUCCGUCCCGCUACCAACACGACAGUUCCGACAACUGCCGGCAAAAGGGCUUCAAGAGUGCUUGGUCAGGGUUUACAUUGUCCGUGCUUUUGGUCUGCAACCCAAAGAUUCCAAUGGCAAGUGUGACCCCUACGUCAGAAUUUCUGUCGGAAAGAAGUCUAUAGAUGAUCAAGAGAAUUACAUCCCCUGCAUAUUGGAGCCCGUGUUUGGGAAAAUGUAUGAACUGACCUGCACCCUCCCGCUGGAGAAAGACCUGAAGAUCACCCUCUAUGACUAUGAUGUCAUGUCCAAAGAUGAGAAGAUCGGAGAGACUGUGAUCGACUUAGAGAACCGUUUUCUCUCCAAAUACAGAGCUCGAUGUGGCCUACCUCAGUCCUACUGCAUAUCAGGACCCAACCAGUGGAGGGACCAGUUACGACCAUCUCAGCUCCUGCAAAUGUUGGCCAAGCAGCGUAGUGUCAAACCCCCUGUGUACAAAAACAGCAAGAUUGUCUUCCGCGGCCAUGAGUACAGUCUGGCCGAUCUCGAUGACAGUAAAUUCCCCAAUCCACAUCUGGGGUCACUCGAGGAACGCCUGGCUCUGCACGUCCUGCUCAAACAGGGCCUGGUCUGUGAACAUGUGGAGACAAGAUCGCUCUAUAGCCCCCUGCAGCCUGAGAUAGAACAGGGUAAGUUACAGAUGUGGGUAGAUGUGUUCCCCAAGUCCCUGGGACCUCCGGGGCCACCAUUUAACAUCACUCCAAGGAAAGCAAAAAGGUUUUUCUUGCGCUGUAUUGUUUGGAACGCGCGUGACGUUAUCCUGGAUGAUGUCAGCAUCACGGGGGAGAAAAUGAGUGAUAUUUAUGUGAAGAGCUGGAUGAUCGGCCACGAGGAGCAUAAACAGAAAACAGAUGUGCACUACAGAUCUAUGGGUGGUGAAGGCAACUUCAACUGGAGGUUUGUCUUCCCCUUCGACUAUCUCCCCGCCGAGCAGGUCUGCUCAGUGUCCAAGAAGGAACAUUUCUGGAGUUUGGACAAAAGCGAAAAUAAGAUUCCUCCAAACCUUCUGAUACAAAUAUGGGACAAUGACAAGUUCUCGUUCGACGACUACUUAGGUUCCAUGCAACUGGAUCUGAACCGCAUGCCGAGGCCAGCCAAGACGGCAGAAAAGUGCAGCCUGGAGCUGCUGGAAGAGUCGAAUGCUGCAGAUGGCUGGGUGUCUCUCUUUGAGCAGAAGACGGUGAAGGGUUGGUGGCCUUGUGUGGGCCAGGAGGAUGGCACAAAGAUUCUCGCAGGGAAGCUGGAGUUAACAUUAGAAAUUAUCAACGAGCAAGAAGAUGAUGAACGUCCAGCUGGUAUGGGACGUGAAGAGCCAAACAUGAACCCCAGAUUGGAAGACCCUAAGCGUCCAGAGACGUCGUUCUUUUGGUUCACAUCACCUUACAAGACCCUGAAGUACGUCCUCUGGAGAAGAUACAAGUGCUUCAUCCUGGUCCUCCUGAUCGCCUUCAUCCUAUUGCUCUUCUUGGGAAUAUUCCUCUACUCUUUCCCGAAUUAUGCUGCUAUGAAGCUGGUGAAACCAUACAGCUAA